AUGUCCACCACUCUUAUGUCCUCCGAACAUUGUCCAGGGAUGACGGGCUCGGCCAUGGCGGGAGGUCUUCAGGGUUCGAGGGGGGUCUUCAGGGCUGGUCGCUCCCUCCUGGUCGCUGAUUUUCGGUCCAGGUCGAAGUUCACGGCUGCCAGGAAUUCCAAGUCCAUGAAGGUCGCCCUCCUGGGAGCUGCUGGACCUACAGGGACCUGUCUUUCCAUGUUCCUGAAGCAGUCUCCACUGAUCGACGAGCUUGCGAUCCAUGAUGCGAGGCCCAUCGAUGGGCUGGCUUUGGAGCUGAACCAUAUCGACACCAGGUGCAGGAUCACCUCCUGUUCCGCUGAUCAGGACACCUCCUUGAUGGCGACUUUGGAGGAUGCGAAGAUCGUCAUGGUCGCCGCUGGGGAGCCCAGAGGACAGCACGACUCCAUGGACGAGGUCCUUCACAGGAACGCCGACGUCCUGGCCGACCUGAUACCCGCAAUCAUUCGCCACUGCCCAAGAAGCCUGGUGGCGGUGAUUACGGAGCCGGUAAACAGCUUGAUCCCGAUGGUCCACGAGAUGUACAAGAAGGUUGGCGUUCAAGAGGAGGGUCGAUUGUUCGGAGUGACGAGUUUGGAUUGCGUAAGGGCGAACACCUUCGCAGCUCAGAUUUUGGGACUGCCUCCCGAAUGCGUGCUGGUCCCCGUGAUUGGGGGAAGUUGCCCCCAAACUUGCGUGCCGCUCUUGUCGAAGGCGAAACCCUCCAACGAGUUCACGGCUGAGGAAGUUAACAAGCUCGUGAGAUCCCUCAGGAAUUCGAGUAACGAGGUCAGGAGGGAAUACGGCGGAGGAGGCUCCUCCACCCUGGCAAUGGCGUUUGCUGCCGCGAGAUUCUGCGUCUCCUUGUGCAAAGGUCUGAGGGACCAGAAGGGAGUGGUGGAGUGCGCUUACGUGCGAUCUUGCGUGGUACCGGAAGUGUCCUAUUUUUCGGCGCCUAUUUUGUUGGGACCCAAUGGGGUCCAGAAGCACCUAGGAGUACCCCCCUUGGAGGGGAAGGAAUGCAAGCUGGUGGAUGAUGCGAUCCCGCCAUUGAAAGCCGCCAUAAAAAAAGGCGAAGCUCUGGCCCUGGGUCCAGACGCGGCUUCCUCGGAGACCUGUCCACCGGGGGCAAAAUGCGACAUCCGGAAGUUCGCCACGGCCAUCAGGCGAUGA